GUUUUCGUAAGUCAAUUGAUCGAACGUUCAAUGAUGCUCGUCUUUCAAUAGGCCGGAAUUAGUUCGUUCUUAUUUUAUUUGUUCUUCCUCUUCUAGCAAGAGUAACUUUAUUUAUAUCGUACUUCAUAUUUGUUCAAGCAUCUUCUUUUCUCAUUUUUCGACCGGAUACUAUCUGAACUAAGUACAUAUCACUCACACGCUUCCAUACCUAAUGCUUUACUCGAGAGGUCACAUUUAUCUAGCAGCAGCUCCUUGCAUUUAAUUUGUUUCCAUUUGGAAAUACAUCAUGUUCAGUAACAUUAGGAGAAAACUGACUAAUCCUCGCUCUAAACCAAACUCACCGACAAGUUUGUGUCCAAUAACGAAAGAAGAUACAGCUAUCCAAGAAGACAGUGGAGAAUUUAUCAAGCCAACUACGAAAUCUAAUGAAUUAUCAUUAAGGAAUGCAUUCACAGAGCCUGAUUUUAUCAAAACCACAAUGUUGUCUUUAAAUUCAUCAAAUGAACAAUCACAGAAUGGUGCAGUGAAUGGAUGUAAUCGAACCGGUGAAUAUAAUUCUAUACCAAUUCAUAAUAAUAAUAUUGGAAAUUAUUCAUUAAAUCAAGAUCCAUUAAGUACACAUUGUAAUUCAUCCUUAAAUAUUACAAAUAAUGGAAAUUAUCAAAGUGAUAAAGUGAAAUCUUUUGAUUAUAAAAUUGAUAAUAAUUCAAAAGUAAUGAUGAUGAUGACGACGACAACAACAACAACAACAUCAAAAUCUUCAGACAAAUGUAUUUUAUCUAAACAACAUUCAGUUAUUUAUUCAUCACCAUAUAAUAGUACUAGUUCUGCAAAAAGUGAUGAUGAUAAUUCAUCAACUUCAUAUUUAUCACCUGCUUCAUCUUGUGUAAAAGAAUUAAAAAUAAAUGAUGAAAUAAACAUGGAAUUAUUUAAUGAUCAACAGAAAAUAAAAAUAACACAGAAUAUCUCUAAGUUAUCUAGUUCAAAUAAUAAUAAUAAAUCAACUAGUUGUAUAACUGGUCCUUUGGUUUUAUCAUCUGAUUCAGUGAAACGAUAUUCCAAUACUGGAUCAUUGAAUAAUAAUAAUAAUAAUGGUAAUGGUAAAAAUCAGCAUAAUUGUUGUACUGCCUGUGAACAAACUAGUAAUCAAUUUAAUAAAGUAUGUAGUAUAACCUAUCAGAAUACUUCAUCCAAAUUAAUUGAAUCACCUAUAUAUGAUAACUGUAUACCAGAUACAAUUAGUUCUACAAAUCAUACAGUUAAAUUGAACUCUAAUAAUUGUAAACAACCUCAAAGUAAUCAUCUCUUGUCAUCUAAUAAUAUCAUACAAAUAAAUAACAAUAAUAAUAAUAAUAAUCAUUCUUCACCGCAUGGUGCGUCAUUGACUCGUACUCCACGUAGUCCAAUUGGUGUUAACACAACUUGGAGUUCUGUAGACGGUUUCACUUCAUCUCGUAUAGUGGUUGGUACUACUAUCCAUGAAGAGGAGACAGAAAAUGAUGAACAUAUACCACAAACACUAAACAAUUCUAAUAAUCAGCAUAAUAUCAAACAUAAUUCUUUGGUUACAUCUGCACCAUAUAAUAAUAAUAAUAAUAAUAAUAAUAAUAAUAAUAAUAGUCAAAAAGUUGUCAAUCAACAUAAUCAAACAAAAGAUUCAUCAAAUUUAUCAAUUCAUCUAGGUCCAAGUCUUGCAGCUGCUGUUGUACAAGCAUCGGAUGAAACAGGCACAACAACUGCUGAUCUAAUGGCAGGUUUAGCAGAAGUUCGUCGACGACCAAUUGAUGCAAGAAAUAGACUUCGUCGUCUUGGAUUAAUGCAAACUCCAGAGAAUGAUAAUAUUUAUGAAGAUAUAUCAUUAAGUAAUAAAUUUGGAAAUUCUGUCUCAAAUAGAUUAUCACUACCUGCAAGUAUUAAUCUUCCACCACAUUUAUGGCGUCGAGCUACCCAAUUUCUAGAAGAACCAAUGACAAGACGUGAACGUCGAUGUUCAUUGUCUGAAAUCGGCUUUGGAAAACUUGAAUCUUAUGCGAAAUUGGAUCUAUUGGGUCAAGGGACAUAUGCAACUGUAUACAAAGGUAAAAGUCUUUUGACAGAAACAUUGGUCGCUUUAAAAGAAAUACGUCUUGAGCAUGAUGAAGGUGCACCAUGCACAGCUAUACGUGAAGUCAGCCUACUACGUAAUCUACGUCAUGCAAAUAUAGUCACAUUACAUGAUAUUAUUCAUACAGAGAAAUCAUUAACUCUUGUCUUUGAAUAUGUGGAACGCGAUUUAAAACAAUACCUGCAUGAUUGUCAUGGAAUUAUGCAUCCAGACAAUGUUCAAUUGUUUUUAUAUCAACUAUUACGUGGUUUAGCAUACUGUCAUGAUCGUCGUAUACUCCAUCGUGAUUUAAAGCCUCAAAAUUUAUUGAUCAAUAGUAGAGGUGAUUUAAAACUUGCAGAUUUUGGUCUAGCUCGUGCUAAAUCAAUCCCAAUUAAAACUUAUUCCAAUGAAGUUGUUACUCUUUGGUAUAGACCACCAGAUAUCCUGUUAGGAUCAACUGAAUAUUCAACACAUAUUGAUAUUUGGGGUGUUGGGUGUAUAUUCUAUGAAAUGGCAACUGGUUGGCCAUUGUUCCCUGGAUCUACAGUAGAAGAACAACUGACAUUAAUUUUCAAACGACUAGGUACUCCAAAUGAGACUAAUUGGCCAGGUGUUACAACUCAUCCUGAUUAUAGUAAAGCACUUAAAUAUGGUCCAUAUCCUGGUGAACCAGGUGGUCUUCCUCAUUUAACUCCAAGAUUAUCUCGUCGUGCACAUAGAUUGAUGGCAGAAUUGUUGAUCUUCCCAGGGACUCAACGAAUUUCUGCUGCAAAUGCAUUGAAACAUGAAUACUUUGUUGAUUGUUCCCGGUUCCCAUUUCAAACAUUUAGCAGUUUACCACCUGCUUCAAGUUUAUUUGAUGUUCCUGGAGUAAGAUUAGCAUGUGAUCCUGGACGAAGUGCAAGUCUACCAACAAACCGUAUGAAUGGAUCAAAUUACUUCUCUAUCAAUGGACAUAAUGGUGAUAACAAUUCAAGGGGUAUUAGUUCUCAAGCAAAACUUACUCAACCACAAAUUGAAUUGAAUAAUUUAGUUAUGCAUCGAAGUAGUCAAAAUCAUCAUAAUCAGAUAUCGUUUUUAAAUUGUAAUAAUGGUAAAAUACCUCAACUUCAGAACUACAAUACUGCUAUCAAUAAUAAUAAUAGUAAUAAUAAUAAUAAUAAUAGCAACAGCAUCAAUAAUAAUAAUCAUUUCUUCCCGAAAUACAAUUAUACUAUCGGCAAUAUUCCUCCACCAUUACCGCCUCAUCAUCAGUCUACAUCUAAUUCAAUGUAUGGGAUACAGGCUUAUUUUCAUCAAACAUCUGUUGGAUUGUUACAUGCAGACAAUGGAUCUCGUCGACCAUUAUCAACAGCAUUUGAAACCAGUUAUAAUAUUUCCAAUACUAAACCGAUAGUUAACUCAAAUAUUAUUGUUAGUCCAACUAAAUUAAUGACUGAUCAAUGUCAAGUGAAGCCAACAACUGUUGUUUAUAAACCUCAAACAGUUAAUCGUUCUAGUUGGUUAAAUAUUGGACGACAAUCUACAGGACGAUUUGAAGAUCGUCGGCGUAGUCUCUUCUCUUAGCAAAUCACUACAAAAGAAAAAGAAAGGAAGAAGAGAAACAUUCAAGGGAGUUUUCCGAACUAUUCAUCAGCCGUUCAUGACUUCUUCAUAAUAAUUCUUUCUCUGUUUUAAAAUGUGUACAGUCUUCCAUGAUGGUAUUGUCGAUGAUGAUAAGAAACUAGUGAUUUAUAUAUCCAUCAUGAUUUUUUUCGACUUGCUUCUUAUACUUUUAUUCAUGCAUUUUAUUCUCAAUGUUCAGUUUUUCUUUUCCCUUCUAACUAAAAUAAAAUAAUGACCUCAUCCCAAGGUGAAUUUGCAUCGACUACUCAGUCAUUAAGUGUUCUUUUUUCUUGCAUACACCUUUGGACGUAAAUAGCAUUUCAAAGUCACUCACUUCAUUUUCUUUUAUUGUUUUAACUGAGUCUAAUUAUUAUGUUUGUUUCAGUGAUUAUAUUUGCACUAGUUUCGUUUGGUUGUUUUUCAAUCUAUCGUCUACUGAUUCUGUUUGUAUGUGUACCUAUAAAAAGGACUAGUAUAUUUAAUUUAUGCCGAAAUACAUGUAUACAUAUUAUCUUUA